GCUACAGCGAAAACGUUCUGCCACAUGGCCGCCAUGUGAUUUCUUACCAUCUUUCCAUGUUCGCGGUGCAAAAAUAAUUCCGUUAAAAUAGUCAUGUUAUACAUGAAAAUAAAGCAUAUAAACUUGUCUCCUUGAUGAUCUGGGUCUUGGUGUUGUAUGAUCCCGAAAACUCCGAAAAUUUGCCGAUGAAAACGGCCGGGAGGGAGACGCGCGAGCGUCUCGCCGAACGUGGGCCCCAUUUUGCAUGCAGCGCCUCGGGGGAUCCCCUGAAUUUAGAGCGCUUGCGCACUGCCGUGUUUAUCGCCAGUAGAGUAAAAGUAGCACCACAUUCAAGAGCAGAAGAAGAGCUUUAAAAUGAUACCGGUGACAAGUAAAUUGCAUCAUAUUUUCGGGCAAAAACGGCGAUUUGAAAAAUUUUGAAAUUUCAAUUCUCAAAAAUGAACGUAAAUUUUUCGCUGUUCAUAGUUGUCACCCGUGUCAAAAUAACCGCAGAAAACAGACCUUUCUGAUGAUGUAAUCGGUUUCUUCUUUGAAUGUAUGUCCGCGAAUCGCGAAGCCCGGUUUACUGAGGUACACAAAGCAGAGUUGUUUACGUUUUGCGCUCGUCACGCCAGCGCGCGAAAAUCAAGUUUCCGUCGUCUGUCAUCGGUCGCUUCGCCGAUUCAGCCGGCCUUAGCCGGCACAAAUGAAUUGUUUUCUACACCAUGGAGUCUGAAUUUCAAGGUAAACUAUCAUUUUGUGCAUUUUUGGUGUGUUGACAUUAAUUUUGAGCGAUAGAAAAUAAUGAUUUCUUGCAACUUUCAUACAAGAAUUUGUGAUAAAUGAGAGAGUAGGCCGUAGGCGCUAGGCCCAGUCAUAAAGUACAUUGUAUGUGUUGUUAUGCCUUUGAUAGCUGAUUUAAGUGCUUGAUUGUAUUUUCAACAAUUGUUUUUCAAGGAAAGAAUUUAUCUUACCAAUAGUUGAAAAUGCAUUGCUAAUUUAAUUGUUCAACUUCAAGUUUAUAAUGUUUUAUAUGCCCAAUUUUAGCUGUUACUUCCAUCACAGUAUAUCAGUUCCUGUCAGUUUUUUCGAUGAAAGAAUAUUGACUUGCCUCAAGUUCCAAGUGGAAAAUACUUCAUUUGUCGAACUUGAAGGCACCGCUGGCCGCCGGUUAGCGGUCAUAGCGUGGAACCUAUGCCCAAUUUUUUCCGAAAUUUUAUGAUGGUAAUAAAGAUUCGGACAGGUUUUUUUUUUUUUUUUUUAAGAAUAUUGCUUGUCUCAAGUUCCAAGUGGAAAAUACUGAACGUAUUUUUUCAUUUGUCGAACUUGAAGGCACCGCUGGCCGCCGGUUAGCGGUCAUAGCGUGGAACCUAUGCCCAAUUUUUCCGAAAUUUUAUGACGGUAAUAAAAAUAAUUUCUUCGAUGAAAGAAUAAUUUAGUCGAACUUGAAGGAAAUUUUUUAUAGGGGUCAUAGCGUGAAAUGCCUAAUUUUCUGGAAAUUUUCUUUUGUAGUCAUGACAUAAUCAAGCCGCUAAUUGGUCUCUAAUUGAUUGCAAAUACAGGCAAGCUGCAUCUUACUUGAUACUGUAUUUAUAAAGGCGAAUAAUAGGUCUGAAAGAAAUUUCAGAGUAACCUUAAUUAUGUCCAUUGAAAACAAAGAAAGAAUCAUGAUUGUCACCAUACAGUUGAGUUAUUGGUUCUUAUUUUUUUGUCAGGUGAAACACUGGAGAGUCUGCUUGACACACCUGGUAGGAAGUUCAGAUCUUAUACAGUAGCAGAUGUUUUGAAGCUAGCGUCACUGAUCGACAAAAGUAACAAGUUCAACUGGGAUGACUUCACAGAAUGGCACAGGAAGCACUUCCCACAGCUUUCAAAGGCAAAGGCAACUGUACACAAGUACAUUCAAAAAUUGAGGUCAGGGCUAUUGUCUCGUAAGAAGAACAAAGCCAGAGUAGGUGAUGGAUCUGUCGAAGCAUUCCAGCAGAUGAACUACAUUGAUGCGGUAAAGCCAGCCUCUUCUCCCCAACAUGACGCUGCCCAUCCCCCACAACCUGAUCCUACAACUCCGGAUCCUGCUCAACAAUGCUCCAACAUGAUGAAAGACAUCAGGUCUUUAAGACGACAAAUGCAAAAGGAUUGCAAAGAGGAGAGAGAAGAAGCAAAGAAGAAAAGACAGGAGCUGUUGAACAGAAGUGCCCAACUGAGUGUUGGUAUGAUGUCAGCGAGGAGAGAACUGAUAAGAGUGAAGAACAGUACUGUUUCUCGGGCUCGUUAUGACAAGAAAGAGAAGGAGUGUGAUGCAAAAGAAGCUGUCCUGAAGAAAGCAAAAAAGACCAUCCGUGCACUUAGGAAAGAGAAUGCUGUCCGAGCGCUGCGAAGGAGAAAGAAAAGUCAUGCUGAUCACCAGAAGAAGUGGAGGAGGGAAAGACAGCAGUUGCUACAGAAGAUAAGGAGGCUAAAAAUGAGAAUGAUGGAUCGGAAAUCAGGGUUCAAGGAGAGGGAAAUCAAGCUGCACAAAGCAAAGAGGGUGGCCCAAACAAAGGCAAGUGACAGAAAGAAGGCAUUGGAAAAGUGUGAUGAAAGAGCAAAGUGCAUGGAGAACAAGAUCAGGAAGCUACAAGAGGAUAACUCGUUACAGGCUGAGAAAGUUGCCAGGCUUGAGGAAACUAUCGAGAUGACGAAAGAUGUGCAGAAAGUUAAGACCAGGACCAGGGAUGAUGACAGAGCUCCAUUCUCAGACGGUGUUAAGCAAUGUGUGAUGGAGCUGCAGGGCAUGCAGGUGGGCUCAAACAAAGUGCCUGGAGUGAUUGAAACAGUCGCUAGAAAUCUCUUUGAUGUCAAGCUAUCUACUCAGGACUUGCCCCAGAAGUCAACAGUAUGUAACCUUGCAGCACAGGCGUAUUACCUUGGAAGAAGACAGGUGGCCGAGAAGUUAGCUGACGCCAAACAUUGGGGGCUCCACACAGAUGGUACGUCUAGGGAUGGUCUUCAUGUGCUCAACUUUCAGUGUGUGACUGAUUCUGAUCAGCUGUCUCUUGGCUACCUCCCUGUAGCAGAGGAGACAGCCUCUUCUGUGCUAGAGAGCACCCAAGCUGUGAUCAAAGAUCUGUCUGUAAUCCAUCCCCAGAAUAAUCCAAGCAAGAUCCAGCAACAACUUCUACAGGGCUUAAGAACCACAAUGACGGACAGAUGUUCAGUAAUGAAAUUGUUCACUGGAAAUCUCAAGAAGUGGAAGGAGGAGGAGUUGGAGAAGUGUCAGUCAGAGGAGGACAAGAUGAGCACACAUGCUUUUUUCUGCACGGCUCAUUACCUCCUGGGUUUGAGUCACCAUACAUCUCAAGCGCUCAGAGAGUACCAGGAUUCCUUACAGAUGAUGUAUGGACUUCUCGGGCGGGAUAAUCUGAGCGAGUUUAAGUUCUGGAGAGUGCAGGAGCCAGCGGUAAUCCGCUUUGUUCGCACAGUCUGUGAGGCUCUUGGUCCCAGAGGGGACCAGAAGAGUGGUUGCCGGGGGGAUUGGACAUCUUGGUUACAAUCAAGGGACACAUCAUCUAGUAUCAUCUCGUUCAGGUCGAACCGUUUUAACAACAUGUUUCUCGGGGGGGCCACAGUAUACCAUCACCACAGAGAUAUUCAAGAGUUCAUGAGCAGCGGUGUUCUCACCAAGGAUAAUAAACUUCUCCGCUCCAUCGCUGCAGAUGUAGCCAGUCCUCCACUUCUGGCAGGAGCAAGAGCGCUGGGAAUAUUCUUCCACCGUGUGUCUGGACCGAUGUGGGAUAUGAUCCAAAGUCCCAAGGUACAUAUACUAGAUAUGUACAAGUAUGUCCAGAUCCUAAAUCAGCAGUUGAAAGUCUGGGUUGAAGACGCCAGCACACUUGUUCUGCCUCACACCUGUGCCCUCUUCGCAGACUUUCCACCUGAAGAGUCACCAAUCUUUACAGCCCUGUAUGACUCAAAGGAGGACGCCCUGACCCAAGAGCUGCUUGAAGUCAUCAGUGCCAGCAGUCUGUACGUCACAGAGAAGCAGCUAGGUGACUUCCUACAACAGGGCAAGUUUGGAAGCAAACCAACAGAGAUUGACAGACAGCAGACCAAGCAUACCCACAAGUCCAACUUGAUUGGCGAAAAUGACUUCGGCGAUUUUGACUAUUCCACCCGACAGAAGCCCAAUGCACGCCUCCUGCACCAUUCCAGUGUCCUAAUGACGAAACGGAACCACACCUUUGGCUGGUUAGAUGGCAAAGCUCAGGAGGAGAAGGAACAACUGCUGAAAGACGCUCAAAGAAUGGCCCCAAAAGUCAGGGAAGCUGACAAGAAUCAGUGGGAACAGAUGGAGAAGACCAAACAAGCCAUUCUCCUUGACAAUAAGAAGCGAAAUGACGAAAAAGAGAAGAACAGAAUCAGCACAAUGCAAGAGCUCAUCGACAAAGUGCAUGAACAUGGUGGCCCCUGUAGAACAGCAGAAGAUAUUGACAGAAUCACUAAUGGUCUCUCGGAAACUCGCAAGUGUUCCAUCCUGAAGGAUGAGCUGCAGUAUAAUAGAAAGGUCCUUGGUGUUGCGGGAAAGGCACAAGAGUUUUCCGUUUCAUGUGCAAGUAAGAAGCUGUCCUCUAAUGCCCUAAAAACCAAACUGUCAGUCAUAAUUGCUCGAGUGACACAGUCAGAGCCAGAACCAAAUCCAAGACCAGGUGAUCUUGUCGAUUUCUCUGCACCUGAAAGGCAGUCUAAAGUCAGUGCUCUCAAGUCUGCAUAUAUGGAGAAGGUGAAUGGGGAACAAGAGAGGAGAAAUCGUGUUGACAGUACUAGUAAGACCCAAGAUGAAGAAAAUGCUGAAGAAGAAGUGCAAGCUAAGAAGAGCAAGAAAGUCACUCAGAAGAAGAAGAGGACAGCGGAAGCUAAACAAGACACAAGUACUACUGCUGAAAAGCAAGGCAAGAAGGGGAAGAAAGUCUCACAGAAGAAAAAGAAGAUGACGGAUGAGGCUGAAGUAGGAGUGCAGGCUAUAAAAGAGCCAGUUUCCUACAGACCAGGAGAGUUUGUGGCAGUAUGGUACAGCGACAACAACGACAAACCCACCUGGUAUCCGGGCUCGGUGGUGGAAGAUGGGGCAGACACUUGCACACUGACCUUCUUCCAUCCAGUUGCAGGUGGAAUGUACCAACUGCCAGAUGUUGCUGACAUCAGACCAGUGGAGAAGCGCUUUGUCCUGAAGAACGUAGACGUCACGCCAAUAAGUGGGGGGAGGUAUUGGAUGGUAGAGGACAAACGUCAAGUUGAUAAGCUAUGCCGCCAGUUUCACUAAGUAACCUUUAAUCAAGCUUGUUAAUAUUGAUUAGAACAGUUGCUUGCUUGUACCACAGAAAUAAUUAAGACUGUUGUUUUUGCAAAAAGUUGUUUACGAUACAUUAUCGUACUAAUGAUUAGAUACAUGUAGGUGGAAUUGCAGAACCCACCUGCUGAUACAUCCCAGAAAUCUGUGUACAUUGUAUGUUUACUGGGCAGCCUUUGACCUUGAAUAAUAUUGACCUUGUGGUGAUGAUACACUGUUAUCUUCCUAUUAGUUCAGUAGUUUGCUUCUUGUUGGUACAAACAUCUGUCAUGUAUUGUACAUGUAUAAAGUUGUACUGUGCUGCAAUGUAACAUCAUGAAAUAAUGACACAUUCACACAAUUUUACCUUUGACCUUGACCAAAUUGACCUUGUAAUAUUAAGGCAGUCAAUAUAUCUGCCAUUCUCUGCUGUGACAAUUUUUGGUAAAAGAAGAUAACAUAAUGCUGUACAUUGCAAAAGUAUAUUAAGUAUGACAGUCUAGUAAAGUGCACUAAUAGUCUAGUAAAGUACAUCUUGUGCUGGCAAAGCACCAUAGGCCGUAACCCAAAAUGUGUCUUUUUUACCCCCAAUUUACUCAUUUAUUGAAGAAGUUCAGGUAAAAUGACUGUUUUCGUGUGUAAGAACACCAGUGGAUGCUGUUAUGUGUGAAAUAUUGGAAGACAGGUUUGUAACUGUCAAGAGAUACAAGUGUGUGAACUUUGGAGGAUUUUUCCUUCCCCAGAGGUCAAAGGUCACGCAGCCACCUGUGUAAUUUGUCACGAAAUACAUACUUUGACCCUGUGUAAAAACAUAAUAAAACUGUUUGAAAGUUCGGAACUCUGUGGAGUAAUUCUAUGCAGUACAUAUUAGAGGAGAAUAAGAUCAAAUAAGCUUUGCAGCCUUUACUUACCUUUUUAUUACCCCUCAAAAAAGGUAUUUUGUUAAUUUUCAUAGUGAAUCGCGCGGCCGGCCAAUUCUGAGGGCAGAUUUUGGAACCUUCGUGGAGCCAUAUCUCAGCAACCGCUCAAGAUAUUCGCUUCAUUUAAAAAGCUUUUUACUUCUCUUUACCAGCUCUUUCAGAAACAGUA